GUGAACUUUGCAAAUACCUGAACCAUGAGAUGAGUUGGCCGUUCCUAAAGGCAAAUGUCCAGGUACAAGUAACAUCUUUUAGUGUCACUCUUACCGCCUCUCUUGGUUCAUAAGCACAAACUCAUGGGAAGCUCAGAGACACAAAAAAAGAAAGCAAAUCUCGACCAUGAGUGGAUCUAGCAAGAGUAUCCUCGUGUUCCUGGGCUCGACUCGGGAUGGUCGGCAAGGUCUUCGUUUGGCCAGAAUGUUCAUGUCACAUUUGAGUGAACACGGGCUGGUCCCAACAUUGAUUGACCCAUUAGAGAUCAAUGCCCCGCUUUUGACCAAUCCGAUUCAUUUCAUGCCGGAUCAAAGUGCUGCUCCCGAAUGGUUGAAGAAACUAGACCAGCAGAUCAAGGAAGCAGUCGGAUUUGUGUUUGUGUGCCCGGAAUACAAUGCCACUGUUGCUCCGGCCUUGACCAAUCUCAUUGAUUACUUUCCACCUGCAUCUUAUCGGCACAAACCGGCCUCAAUCGCCACCUAUUCCAUGGGAACCAUGGGCGGGUGCCGCGCUCGAGUGGCACUACUUCCAGUCCUUGGUGAAGUGGGAAUGUUUGCAUUGCCAACAAGUCUCAUGAUUCCAACCAUUCAGAAUGCGGAGAUUGCUGACGAUGGCGCUACGACUAAUGAGAGAGUCAUCUCCAAAGUUACUCAGAUUUGUAAGGAAAUGGAUUGGUAUGUGGGAGCUCUACAAUCUCAAAAGGCCGCCACAACAGGUUAUCCAAAUUAAGAGAUAGAUCUACUAGCAUGAGAACCCAAUGACGACACCAACCCAGCACAAAAACCAAUAGGAACGGAGCAAUGCUUGUAUAUUAACAUGCACUUUUUUGGCCAAUAAAAUCAUAUUUUGUGA